UGCCUUCCCCCGAGCAACAAUAAUCAAAUCAUGCCAAACGGAUUCAAACAUCACUAUGUUUAAUCCCUACAACUACUAAACAACCCCCAAAUCUCUCUUGAUCUACGAUUUCUCCACCCAAAAUCACACAACUUUCAACCUGGGUGUUCGGUUGUUGUCACGUAUACGGGUGUGGUGAGAGAGGGAACCAACGAACAAUGCAGGAAUGGCUCAGCACAGGCAAUCAGGAGGCAUCUUCUUCGACAAACUCCGAAACGAUCAGGUUUCAGUCGGGAUUCGUGCCGCCGCCGCUCCCAACUACAAACAAUCGCGAACUAGUCAUCAUCGGCGCUUCAGGAGCCGAAGGAUUUCUGUCAGCGCUUUCGUGCUUGUUACUCUAACUCUCAUUUUUCUCAUAUCUGCUUCUGCUUUCUUCUUUCUUUCUAAAGAUGAUAAAGAUAAGGAUGAGUACAUAGUAGAAGGUGAUGAGUUUGGGAGUGAUUUGGACUUCCUUGCAAACGUGACACGUACAGAAAGAUCAAAAAUGGUGAAGUUUGGGCAUGGCAAUGGUUUUGUUGGUCAUGGUGGGGACUCUCGGUAUUGGGACAGGGAUGAUAGGAGAAGAGAUGAUGAUUAUGGUGAGGAUUUAGUGGGUAAUGGUAGUACUAGUACUAGUAUGGCAUCAAAAAGAUAUGUCUCUGAAGAUAACAACAAAAGGAGGUCAUCGGAUCACAGGGUAGCUGGUUUGUAUAAUGAAGCUGGGCGAAACGAGCUGAAGAUGUAUGAAGCAGAGUAUGAGGCUUCUUUAAAAGGUGUUUCAGUGUCUAAAAAGGAAGCUAAGACCAUGAAUCAGCUGGCAAAUUCUGAUAAGCAUGAUGAGGAAGAUGAUGUGAUUGUGGAUGAUGAGUAUAUUGAUGAGAUUGAUAUGCAUGACAUUCGACUUGAAGACUAUAAUGACCACCACUCUGUUGGAGGAUCUUCAGCAAGGAUGUACAUGUACCAAUUCAUGGUUUGCCUGUGGAUGCUUUAG